CCGUGACGCGCGAGUGUGCCGCCGCCGAGUGUGUGCGGUGAGAAGGAAAAAAAGGAUGUGACCGGAGCAUUACGAAAAUGGGCGCCCGCGGUUGAUGUCGGUCGGUCGGUCGGAGCAGCAGCAGCAGCAGCAGCUAUUAUCAAUUCAGUCGCCGCGUUCUUUGUACCACCGCCGCCGCCGUCGCUGCCGCCGCCGCCGCCGACACCGCUCCGGAAAGACCGCCGACGUACGUCUACGUACGCGGCCGCCGCGGUUAGUAGUCGGACGGCAGACAAUGGUGCGUUACGUCCGCCGCCGCCGCCGUUGAAUGUCGCGCGCGAUAUUAAUAUCAUAACAAUUGUUGUUGUUGUUGUUAUUCUCUCGUCACCACCACCGCCGAGAAAGGGCCGCGUUCAAUUUUGUUAUUGUUGCUGAAAUAAUACCGCCGCAAUAUUUUCGGUCGUUCUUCGACGGAAUAAAAAUUUAAUUAAUCCACACCGUCUUCGCGCGUUCACCGAUGCCUGCACCUGUCCAAUUUGCCAGUUAAUUAAUUAACGUUCACAAGAACAAUAUUACCGACGUUAUAAUCGUAUCAUAAUAUUACAUGGUCUGAGCGGUGUCCGAGCGGCAAGAGGAUAGGUCGACCUGUCGUUGAAUUCUUUUCGUCCUGUCCAGAUCCGCGUCCGCACUUCCUGUCACCAUGAUCGGUGUCGAGAAGAAAGACGAUGGCGACCGUUCGACCGUUUCGAUGGACCAGACGUUCACGGGCACCAUACGCAUAAAGCUGUGCGAGGCCUCAGGCCUGCGGCCCACUGACCUGCAGACACGUCUGAAGAACAUGUCGUUUUUGAAACCCGAGGACCCGUUGCUGGACGCCUACGUCAGCAUCGACGUCGACGACAACAUACUGCUGCGGUCGUCCACUGUGCCCAAGACCUAUGAUCCAGUCUGGAACGAGUAUUUCACUCAAGACGUUCACGACGCCAACCGACUGGGCUUGACGGUGUUCCACGAUGCUGUCAUUGAAGACUUGUUUGUGGCCAACUGUAAGCUGUCGUUCAGUGAACUCAUUCAACGUGAAAUAUCAGAGGACCAAGAAUUCUGGGUGCAUUUAGAACCGCAAGGAAAAUUGCAUCUUCGAAUAGAUCUGAAAUGGAAUUCAAAAGAUUUACCAGUUCGCCCAUUGGAAUUCAAGGAACGGCAAGGACUAUUAAACCGAAGACGUGGGGCCAUGAGGAGACGAGUACAUCAAGUGAACGGACAUAAGUUUAUGGCGACGUUCCUCAGGCAACCGACGUUUUGUUCACAUUGCAGAAAUUUCAUAUGGGGAUUUGGCAAACAAGGAUAUCAAUGUCAAGUUUGCACGUGUGUGGUCCACAAGCGAUGUCACAUGGAAGUGGUGACGAUCUGUCCGGGAUUCGGGAAGAAAGAGUUAAGUCAAGGAACCCAAUCUCAACGGUUCAGUGUCAAUGUUCCUCAUAGAUUCAAACCACAUACUUAUAAAAUAUUUACAUUUUGUGAUCAUUGUGGUUCACUACUUUACGGAAUCUAUAGACAAGGCCUGCAAUGCGAAGUUUGUACUCUAAACGUGCACAGGAGAUGUGUGAAAAACGUCGCGAAUAACUGUGGUAUCAAUCCUCGCGAAAUGGCAGACACAUUACGAAGCUGUGGUUUGAAUGUCAGCAAAAAUGUUGACUGGCCCGGUGGAAAUGGUAGUUUUAGCAUCAGCAGUGUUUCAGGAAGCGGAAGUGGUUUGCACCGUGAUCUCAGUCAACAAUCUUCCACUACCUUAUUGAGCAUAAUGUCUGAUAAGCAUUCCUCGCAGGACAAACGAAGUAGCGACAAAAUGUCCAAAAUGAACCAAAGCAUGAGCUGUUUUAACUUAGGUAAUCGAAAAAUGAGUGUAACAGAUUUUACUUUCAUAAAAGUGCUGGGCAAAGGAAGUUUUGGCAAAGUGAUGUUGGCCGAAAAACGAGGAACCGACGAAGUCUACGCGGUCAAAGUGUUGAAAAAAGACGUGAUUGUGCAGGACGACGACGUUGAUUGUACCAUGACUGAGAAACGUAUUUUAGCUCUGGCGGCUAAACAUCCGUUUUUAACGGCUCUACAUUCUUCUUUCCAGACCAAGGAUCGGUUGUUUUUCGUCAUGGAGUAUGUGAACGGUGGCGAUCUGAUGUUCCAAAUACAAAGGGCCAGGAAGUUCGACGAGCUACGCGCCAGAUUUUACGCAGCAGAAGUGACGCUUGCUCUGCAGUUUCUACAUCGGCACGGUGUAGUUUAUAGAGAUUUGAAGUUAGACAACAUAUUAUUGGAUAACGAAGGCCACUGCAAGCUUGCUGAUUUUGGAAUGUGCAAAGAAGGCAUAAGUGAUGGAGUGACUACUACCACAUUUUGUGGAACCCCGGAUUACAUAGCUCCAGAAAUUCUUCAAGAAUUAAAUUAUGGUGCAAGUGUCGACUGGUGGGCCUUGGGUGUUCUUAUGUAUGAAAUGAUGGCUGGUCAACCGCCAUUUGAAGCUGACAACGAAGAUGAUCUUUUUGAAUCUAUUUUGCACGAUGAUGUUCUUUAUCCGGUUUGGCUCAGUAAAGAAGCAGUUUCCAUUUUAAAAGGGUUCAUGACAAAAAACCGUAACAAGCGUCUUGGCUGUGUGGUUGCUGAUGGCUUAGAAUCAGCUAUUAGAAUCCAUUCAUUUUUUCGAGAUUUGGAUUGGGAAGCCUUAGAAAAUCGUCGUGUCAAACCGCCUUUCAAACCAAAAAUUAAAAAUAAAAAAGACGCGAUGAACUUUGACGCCGAGUUCACUAAGGAAGAACCAGUCUUGACACCUGUGCCUGUGGAUGUAACUUUAUCUAUUAACCAAGAAGAAUUUCAAGGGUUCUCAUUUGUCAAUUUUGACUUCAAUCCAAGCAAAUUCAUCUCUUCUCAAUCUUCAGAUUCUUCUAAAUAAUAAUAAUCCUAUCAAAUAUUUAAUUUUGCUGAAAACCGAUUCGAAGAGAAUUUUAACGAACAAUCUGCAAUAAACAAAAAUGAUUGUUAUGUGAUACGCACAAGUCUACAUAUUGGUAUUAUUACUCACGAGUUGCCUCUAAUAUAGUAUAUAUAUGUAUAACUUCUUAUAAGAUUAUCACUCUAAUAUUUGUCUAGUCUAGGAUCAAUUAAGCGAAUCGAUCGAUCCAGCAAUAUUGAUUAGUUUAGCUAAAACUAAAGUACCUAAUUUAUUAUUAAAGUAAAAUAUUAUACCCGUGCUCGGAAUGAUCUAGAAUUCUAUCGUAAAUUAAACAGUAUUAUUUUGCAUUUUAUUAUAUAACCAAACUAGUCACUACCUAUAUUAUUAUCGAUCGUAUAAUCACCCUCGAAUAUCACUCAAUUAUUUAAUAUGUAUAUAUGUUAAUUGAACGUUAAUUUACUGCGAAUUACGAUACUUAUUAUUUUUUACUACGCUACCAAUGUAUUUUUGUUUACCAUUUUACAAACGUCUUUACAAAGUGACCAUCGACAAUUCGUCAAUCUCUAUACGACAUACAAUUCCGUGUGAUGUGACCGAAACUGAAUUCGCAUAAUAACACAUAUUAUGUAACGUGAAAUUCUAAUACUUACCUACGAAUUUGUUAUGAUCUAAUUAUUAUAAUAUAUUAUUAUACAUAGUAACCGACGUCGGAACUUUCAAAUUAAUUUAUAAUUAUUUUGUUGCCUAAAACGCGUAUAAUACAGUCCAAUAAAAAAAAACAUCUCGAAACUUUGGACGUAUUCAUAAAAUAUAUAUACAUAUUCCCUUGAAUAAAAUAUACAUAUACAUAUUAUAAAAUAUAUUAUAUUGUAUUAUUUAUGUGUAUAUCAAAUAAUAUUAUUAUUUUUUAUAAAUAAUAAAUACGUCCCGAGGAUCUCAAAUGCUUUGGCAGCGGUUUGUCCAGCAAUGGACUUAAACUAAUGUUAUAUAAAUUAUAAUAAAAUUAGUCUCGGGUUACCUGUAUCGAACAACAAUCAUUUUUAGAUUUAAAUACAAACUCGAUUAAGUCAUAAUAUAAUAAUAUAACAUAUUAUAUAUAGAUUAUAGGUAAAUUAUUAUUAUAAAUUUUAUUGUAAACUAGUUUCGUUAAAAAAGAAAAAGAAAAAAAAACUAUGACAAAUUUAUUUUUAAAAACGAUUUGAUUGUUUUUGUUUCUCAGAUUAGACAUAAAAGUGUGUUCAUUCAAGUGGCCUUUAAAUGUUUAAUUUUUAGUAAAGUACGCAAUAUAUAACGAAGACACGGACCAUUUAGUAAAUAAAUAUAUCGAACAAACGUUGUGUUUUAUGUGUUUAACUAUAGGAUAUCAAAAAUAAUUUAAAGGACAAUUUAUUGAAUGGCCAUACUCGUAGCCCCUACAUAAACGAUUACCUAUGUUAUAAUAUUAUGUAUAAUAAUAUAAUGUAGAAUAAUGCGCCACAAACGUUUCUUCUGUUUUAUUCGUUUUUUUUUUUAAACGCGACCUGCAGCAGAACAGGGUCGUAUUGUGGAACGGUGUGCACAGUAUACACGGAAUCUGUUUUUCUGUCUAACCGCACAAAUUAAUAUUAUGCAUUAUUGUUGUGUUUAAAUUAUUCGGUUUCCGUGCGGCGGUUUUUUCUGUGUGUCGCUUCCGUUUCCAUUACCGUCGACGGUCCGUAAUAUUUCGCUUUCCGUUCACGCGUCUGGGUGUCUAUAGUUUUCGCCCGUCAUGACGUGUCAUGACACACCAUUCCGUCGAAUAUGGUGGCCGGAAGACGUAAUAUUUUGCCACGUGCCGACGUCGUCCAAUAAUAUAGUAUAUUAUACAAGGUGUGUCUGGAAGACGUAUAUAUGAAAUUGCGUGUCCGGACGAGUGUAAUUUCGACGAAAAAUCCCCCAGAUACACCAUGUGUAGGGUGCCCAAUUACAAUAAUUUACGAUCAUAAAAAUAAUACAUAAACGCUUCCCAUGAUUUUUCAGCCAAACGACGCAAUAACGACGAUUCAAGUCUCUCCGCGGUGUUCGCGUAUCACGAUAAUGGGCGCGGGUGGAAAUGACUAAUAGGUGAACUCAACAAUAACGAUUUAUUAUCGUGUUAUUUUACAAUAUUUUACCGUGUGCGUCUCUCGGCUUCGGCACGACUGCCGUUUGUUGUUUCGGGCGUGUGUUUAUCUUUACGUUCAUAUUUUAAUAACUCUUAAAAAGUGAGUUUUCUUACACCCGCACCCGCACUUGGUCAUCGAGACCUUUUUGUAGGCUUUUCAAAACCCGACAACGCACUGGUCGUCAUUCCUACAUCAUUAUCGCAAUCAUUAUGACGUUGCGUUGUCGACUCGAAUAGGAAAACGGUCGUACCCGUAUGGAUCAACUGGUGUCCCGCGAAUUUAUAAUUUAAUAUUAUCAUUACAUUUCGAUUGAUUUACGACAAACUUGUAAUAUAUUAUUUUAAUUUCCAGUGAAAUUCGCUUGAUUCGCGUGCGUAUUAAAAUAACUGCAAUCCGUAAGCCAUAUUAUAUUACGCUUUUCUAUGUUCCACCUGUUGUUUCACAAUAUUAUAUUAUUAUCACUUACUCGACUGCUGGUAAGCUUGUUAUCAUGAUAUAAUACUGCGUGGGAAGCGUUAUUUAGACGACGCAAUCAAUUCGAGAUUUCACUACUCCGUAGUUUGAGGUUGAAUUUCAAAACUGACAAUCGUAUUCUGCUGUGUCUGCAUAUCCUUGCAUAUGCCUCCAUAUUGUGCCGGUCAUACACUCGAAUCACGAGACUUGACGCACUAACAAUGCACAUAGUACGGACUCGCCUUUUAUUUUUUUUCUCUCUGAUCGUCCGCGCUCCGGAAACCAAAUAAAAACGCAACCGCACGAAACGACAAACCAUUCGUAAUAUUAUUAUACAUGUAAACCGUGGGUACUUAAUACCUGGUCGCACGCGUUAAAUUCGAACGGCAAACGAACGCCCCAAAUGAUGACUCAAGACGACGCGAUGGUGUCGUUAUUGUUUUACACCCCGUGCGAAUAAUAAAUAAUAAUAAUAAUAAUAAUAAUUUCGAGAAACUAAGAAUAAUAAUUCGUCUCGUCGACACCUGUAAACAUAAACACACUCGCAUUGUCGAACGAUUUUACGGAAACUUUACGCCACAACAAUACGACGUGUGAACAAACGAUCUAUAUUAUAAUGUAAUACGUAUAUUAUUAUAUUAUUGCAAACGGCACUAAUAUAAAAUAUUAUGUAACUUGACGACGACGUGCAGCCCUUCCACCGACACUGUUCUACAUUAUCAAUUGAAACAUAAUAAUAUUAAAAUAAUAUACGAGUAGGUACUUUGAUUUUGAUACAUAGAUCUGCUUAGUUUUCGUUUACAACAGUAGAUUAACGAUAUUAUGCAUACGGGUUCGAACGGAUCAUAUUUAUAUCUGUAGAUUGCAUAUUUUUUGAAAAUAUGUCUUUUCAACGUUUCCUAUUUAUAAUAUAAUAUUAUACUAUAUACGAUUAUGCUCAUAAAAGCAAUUUAAUAAUUAUGUACGAUUUAUAUAGACAUUUUUUUUUUUUACAGCUAACGAUAUAAAUACCUAGGCUUAUCAACAUAA